AUGUCUCUACCCAUCAAUUAUGAGGGUCUUCGGCACCAGAUAGAGAAGCUGGUGCGGGAAAAUGAGGAACUGAAGAAGCUGGUGCGGCUCAUCCGGGAGAAUCACGAGCUCAAAUCUGCAAUCAAGACUCAGGCAGGCAGCUUCAACAGCGGGCUCUGCGACGUGGCCACAGGGACGCCCCAGAAUCCAGGUGUCUUCCUGCCCGCCGUGGCCGCGACCGAGCCGGCCCUGGAGGAGCUGGGGGUGGUGGCGCUGGCCGACAUGCUGAGCGGCCCGCAGCCGGGGCCCUCGGCCUCCCUGAACCCCACUGACCACAAGCUGGAUGAGGAGCUGUGCCAGACACUCACGCAGCGCUACGUGAGCAUCAUGAACAGGCUGCAGAGCCUGGGCUACAACGGCCGGGUGCACCCGGCGCUGACAGAGCAGCUGGUGAACGCCUAUGGCAUCUUGAGGGAGCGGCCGGAGCUGGCGGCCUCCGAAGGCGGCUGCUACACGGUGGACUUCCUGCAGCGCGUGCUGGUGGACACCGUGCACCCCAGUAUGCUGACCGACGCGCUGCUGCUGCUCUCCUGCCUCAGCCAGCUCGCCCACGACGACGGCAAGCCCAUGUUCAUCUGGUGACACCGGUGCCAGGCUGGCCCCGGCUCUCCACCACACACUCCUGUGCAUGACCAUUAAAGCUUCCCACACACGCUAGCCUGGCGCCCUGCCGCACUCCUGCUUAGAGCCUCUCCACACCCACCAUGGGGCUCCGAAAAGAACGGGCAGAAGAGGGCUCAGCGGUGGUCGGCGGGGUGGACAGGAGGCCCAGGUCCUCUUCACCUGGUGAUGAGGGCAGUAGAGGGAGGGGAGCAGGAGAAAGCAGUCUCCCCAAGAUACCCUAGGUGGAGGAAGAGGGGGCCCUCAUCACAGGACUGCCG